CCUAUGCCUAAAAAUUAUUAAUAGCAUUGUAUAACCUAAGAUUACUGGGCUAUAUUUUUCUUCAUCUGUAAGAUACGUUGCCUACCCGUUGUAAUGGCCAUCUAUUGAUUAGUAGGGUAACAAAAGUGUGUUUGGUUUCAAUGAAAAGGACACUUUAACGUGAAAGAAUGAAUAAAACCUAAUUAAGAAACAAAUGGGAAGAUGGCAGAACUACUUUUUCUGUUUGUCAAUCCCAUACGUAUCAAAUGUCACUUCCCCUACUUUCAUUUUUCAAAAUCAUAUGUGAGUAUCAGUGACGUAGUUUUCCGGAAUCUUAGUUAGUAAUGAUAUCAACUUUUUCAGAUUUGUUAGAGAAUACAUCGGUCUCAGAUGUAAUUCAGCUUUACUGGAGCAACAUCUUGCUGUAUUUAACCGAUUUUUUCGCUUUUCUCAACAAUCUCCAGUCUAAAACCAUCUUGAACAUUUCUGAAAAGUUGCCCCAGUGGCUGUACUUCGACGAGUUUCAGACAAGCCUUCUGCAAAUAUUUUUGGGAAUUUUGUUUCUCAAUUUAGUCUGCAUUGUGAUAAUCUGGAAAAUAUAUGGUGAACGAAUUUGUGAGAGGUUUAUGAAAUUAUCGACUCUCAGAGAAAUAGAAGAACUAAAAGCAAGUGUAGCCAAGCUCAAACUGCCCAAAGAGCACACUCCAAGAAUAUAAAAUGGCAGACAAGAUCAAGAAAUUUUUCGCCAAGAAAAAAGCAGAUGCCAGAUUCAAAAAGGCUGGCCCUGGUCACAAACUGAAUGCAUCAUCAUCCACACUGGUUGUGGGUCCCAGUAAAAAGAAACCUGAGUAUGUCCCAUCAAAAGUUGAACCAAGCGAAGCUGCUAGGCAGGCAGCAGAAGCUGCAAUGCUUCGAGUGCAGAGCCAAAGACGGAAUCCAGGUUUUAAUACCUCCCUAGCUGCAAUUCAGGCUCAAGUACGGAGAGAAUUAGAAGCUGAGAAGCAAAAAGGAGAGACUGGUGCAGAAAGUAGUGCAGCAUCGGGUUCAAAAGGACCUGUAGAGACUGAAUUGGAGAUAUCAUCGCAUUUGGCUGUGAGAGGAGUUUAUUUCAAAUGUCCUCUUGUAAGUGAUGAAGUGUUAAGUAAGGAAGAGUGGAAGGUUAAGAUACGGGAAUUUCUUUUCAAUACAUUAGAAGAAGAAAAAGCAAUGACAUCCUGUUUGAUUAUUUAUUCUUGCAACUACAGCAGAUCCAAAGUGACAGAAUGUGUGAACAUUCUCUGCAGAUACCUGGACAACCUGAUAGCAAAUCCCGAAGAACCAAAAUUUCACAAAAUUAGAUUGUCAAACCAGACUUUUAAGGAAAAGGUAGCACCUAUUUUAGGAGCUAUAGAAUUCUUACAUGCAGCUGGAUUUCGAGAACAAAAAUCAGAGCAUAAUGGAGUGGAGGAGGACUUCUUAGUUUGGAGCCCAGAUAAUAUAGAAAAUCUUGAAUAUUUACAGUUUCUGAGGGAAACGUUAAAAUCUGAAGAAAGGGUAGAAUUAGAACUUGACAGAAAUGUACAGGUCCUGUCGCCUGCUCAGGCUGCUAGGAGAGUGGAACUACCUCAAGAAUUUUACGCUUUAACGCCUGAGGAAUUAAAAAGAGAAAAACAACAAAGACAAGAAAACAUCGAGAAGCAAAUGCAGCUUCGUACCAAAGCUAUGCGAGAAAAGGAUGAGAUACGGGAAGUCAGGAAAUAUAAAUUCUGUUUGAUUAGGAUCCGGUUUCCAGAUGGGUUAUACUUACAGGGGACCUUCUCAGUGUACGAAAAGCUGUCGGAAAUAUACGACUUCGUUAACGAGAACAUCGAAAACGAAGGUCUCCCCUUCAUCCUAACCUCACCAACAGGUCACAAAUUCGAGGAAAACGAAAGAGAUGUUUCCCUGGCAGACCUGCGUCUGGUCCCAGCCACCAUUCUGACCUUCCAAUGGGACCCUGCUAUAGUCGAAGACAUCAAAGCAGCUACGGGAGGCAACGAAUCUUACCUGAAACCUGAAGUUAUGAUGUUGAUGCAGUCUUUGUGAGUUGUGUACUGGUCUAGUCAAGUGCCGAGAUGAGUUAUUUAUGGGCUUUUAUCUGUUUUAGCUGGGAAGUAUUCCAUAUUUUUGUACAAUUAAAUUGACAUAAGCUUUUACAAUGUUUUGUGAAACACACAGAUAUAACAUGCAAGCAUUAAACGUAUUGCAGCUCUAAUAAUUGUCAAAAGAUCUUUAUUUGUCAAUAUUAUCUUGUUAUAUAGGGUUUUCCAUUAAGGACUUGUCAACUUUCUUUUUAAAUAAAACGCAAACCAUUCGAGAUAUCUCGAAUUUUUUUUACUGGAUUGAAGUAUAAUCAAAACAUUUAUGUAUGGAAUUCGACCUCUUUCAUAUGUCCACCACGGGUACGUUCGCAAUUUUUUUAACCCAAUUUUCAACGACUCGGCCACUUUGUCAGAAAGAGCCGCUAUCUCUCGUUCAAUAUUGGCUGAGCUCUUCUAACGACGCCGGCUUGUUGGCAUAGACCAAUGAUUUAAUGUAGCCCCACAAAAAAAGUCUAGAGGUCUUAAAUCACACGAUCUAGGCGGCCAUUCGACAUGAUCUUUUCUCGUAUAACACGUUCACCGAAUUUUGACUUCAAUAUGUCGAUUGUUUCAUACGCUGUGUGGCAUCGUCUUGUUGAAACCACAUAUUAAUGUCUAGCCCAUCCAAUUGACCAAAAAAAUAAUGUUACAACAUGUCUUUAUAGCGAUCUUGUCUGUAACAUGAUGGUCAUCAACGAUAAAAAAAUGACACCAUCGGCAUGAAAACCACACCAUACAGGUAUUUUUUUGUGGAUGAAGCGGUGUUUCUUGAAGCACAUGAGGAUUAUCACCUGACCAAUAACGCAUUUUCUGUUUGUUGACGGAGCCGUUUAGCCAAAAAUGCGCCUCAUCACUGAAGAUGAUUUUCGUUGAAAUUAGUCAUUUUCUUGCAACAUUUCUAGACAACAAUUCGAGGACGUACGUAGCGAAUAUGUGGACUCAAAUUUUUUUACUAGACUAUGAAUUGCUUGUCGACUGGGACGAGAACUGCGACCAAAAAUUGGCGUUAACGCCCUUAAAGUUGCAGUCACCGACUCGGACUUUCGGUAGUUAAUUUUAAUUAUUUGUAAGCGUUGUUCGUUCGUGUAGUUCACCAUGAUGAAAAUGUUUUCUUUACAGAAUGUUUUGACAAUGACAGUUCAGUAAUAGAUUUAAAAGUGCGUUCAAAGCUGUCAAGUCCCUAUUGGAAAACCUGAUAGUAGAUAUUUUUAAACCAUUGAGUGGAGUCAAUCUACUUGACUCCACUUUUUUGCCGUACAUAACAUGAAAUAUUGUUUUCAUGCUAAAAACAGUAUGGAGCAGGUAUCAAACCAGCCGCAGGUUGAAUGAUCUCUGUUCGAACUCAAAAAAGUCAUCUGGAUACCUUACUCAAAUCACCAACUAGUGCAUUAUUUUUACUUCCCACGCCUGCUAGCGGGAAAGUAUUGUAAUCACGAAAAAGUCAGUAAAUGAGAUAUGUUUUUUGGAUUCUUAUACAACAUAAAACCAUUGGUCUGCCUGUCUAUCCAUCUGCUAAUCAUUGGCUUGGCUAUAACUUAGAAAGCACCACUUGGAUUUUGACGAGCCUUUCAUAGGUUUCAGAUAAACUUUUUAGGGGUUAAAAACUAGGGAGGUUAAGGAUUGUAGGAGGGUAGGACCCACUUUUUUGGCGUUAGUAUAUUUAUACGUUUCCAACCCAAGUAAUUCUAUGUACCUCUUAAGACAUAUUUCACAUCUCAUUGAUUUCCCUAUAAAUUUUGCCUUCAAACACAAUCAUUGAAAUUUUUAAAGGCUCAACAAGCCCUCUGCUUUUUGUUAAUUUUCAACCAAUCUUAUAAAAUAGUUCCGUUUAACAAUCAUGUUCUUUAGUCACCCCUUCCACCCUCAAAAACCUAUAUUUUACUCGUUUUUUCUUCUAACGUACUCGUAUUUCUCUUUUUUUUUUCGAAAGUCCAGGCAUGUUACUAGAAACCACUUCACAGAAUUAGAACAGUUCUGGGACAGUCGUCUGUAAAACCUAAGGCUUAUAUUAUUUUGUACACAUUACACUUUUUACAGGAAAAACUUGAGUAUUACGCCUGGUUGUGUCAGCACUGUAAAUAUUCUAUAUGAGUGUAUUGAUCGAUUCAGAAGUGCAGCUCUAGCCAUUAUGGCGGACACUACAAAGUUUGUGUUGUUUUUAUGCAUGUCUCCAUAAUUUACCAGAUCCACUACAGCAUCACUCUACACUUGCUAUAAAUUUUACUGUGCUGUGACUGCCUAAACACAAAUAACUAGGCUCCCAAACUUUUGCCACAAAUUGUGUGCUCCUUUUGAGAGAACUAUAUACUAAGUGAGAUAUAAACCUACAGGUCAGCCCAGUAAGUGGUUACCUACUUACCUGAGUCCAUUACAUGAAUUUAGGCUUAUGCCAGAUUUAGUGCAAAAUGGAAAAUUUCUAUACUAUAUAAUUAUUUAAGCUAUUGAAUUUAUAGAUGAUACAAAAUUAUUGCCGCCUAAAAUUAAAAGAUAGAUUUAUGACCAAAGGGGCAGCAUACAUUUUAACUAAUUUAUAAUUUAUCUACAGUUAUUUUUUGUAUAAUUCUAUAACCGUUAUAGCACGCAUUCAAG